CUGGUCAUCACCCAGCCCCUGUGGUACAGAUUCCGGAGGACCAUCAGGAACUCUUUGGUUCUCUGCGUCUUCGUGUGGCUCCUCCCUCUGGUCUACGUCCUCCCGGUCUAUUUCGGGACCGAGUAUUACAUCCGGGAAACCAUCUACGUGGUGUUCAUCCUCUCCCCACUCCCGCUGUUCCUGUUCUUCCUGGCGGGGACCGUGAAAGCCCUGUAG